AUGGAAAACUUUGCUGAAGGCAUUUCCGGGCAGGAUUCCGAGGCGCAGCCUAACGAUAGUGUGAUGAGCAACAUGCAAAAUAUGUUGUCAUCAAUUGAAAUAUCCAGUGGAGAUGAAGACCUCGGUAACAUUGAAGUUACGGGUCCAAAUGUGCCUCCUUUUUUCACUGCGUCUGCAUCGGGAGCAGCUGCAGCACCAUUGAAGCGCUUAAAGAGCGAUCAGCCGGAGCCGGUGGUUGCCAAGAAAGCCAAGCCGAAUGUCAUUCAGGGCAGUGUUGGUAACGAUGCCACAGUCCCAAAGCCACUGAAUGAAGCACUUAAGUAUGUCUACAGCGAUUCUGCUGUUAAUUCGGGCUCCUCCAAGUACAAAAAACAAAUAGAUGUGCAGCACAUCACGAAGUGUUUCCGCGAAAUUGGCGGCAUGGAGGAUACGCUUAAGGAGCUUUGCGAGUUGUUCAUACACAUACAUAAGAAGCCGAUUUUCUGUUAUCAAUUGCGACUGAUACCCUCGAGGGGUAUCCUGCUGCAUGGACCACCAGGCUCCGGCAAGACCUUUCUGGCCCGUGCCAUAAGUGGACAACUGAAGAUGCGGCUGCUUGAAGUGCCGGCCACUGAGCUAGUUGGUGGCAUAUCCGGUGAGUCCGAGGAGCGCAUACGCGACGUUUUUCAACAGGCCGUGUCCUGUUCGCCCUGUGUUUUGUUCAUUGAUGAGAUCGAUGCCAUUGCCGGUGACAUGAAUCGCGGCAUUGUAUCGAAGCUGAUAAGGAGCUUGGAUAAUAUGUGGAUGGACAGGUUUGCCCGCAAAGUGAUAGUGAUUGCUGCCACCACGCGUCCUGAUGUCCUAGAUCCUGGCCUGCGUCGUGCCGGUCGCUUCGAACACGAAUUUGCUUUACGCAUACCGACGUGCAAGGAGCGUCGUAAACUGAACUAUGACGAGAUAGCCUUAGCUAGCCUUAGCUAUCUCGUCAUAGUUCAGUUUACGAUCAACUUGUAA